UCUUUUUUGGCCAAGCCUAUAUUGAAUUGGUCUGUAAAUUGUUUGCGUUGAACACAGUCUAUAUGCUGUGCUGGUACACAGCUUGUUAAAAUGUAAUGAACCAGAGCUUGUGUGUGGGACUGUUUCUGUCCAGUCCAGGUCACAUGGGAGAUGGAUCCCAACGUUUGGAGAACCGAUAAAAUUCAUACACAUAUUUCAUAGAUGUACAGCUCAGAAGUCAGGUUUUUUAAUGUCUUUUGAAUGGACCUAAAUAAAAAAAAAAUAACUGUUUUAACUUUUUUUUUUCCUAUAUGGGCCAGUGAUAUGCCAGCAGUCUGACCAAAUUUAGCAAUGAUUAUCACCUGCGCAAACACAUUUUGAGACAUUUCCUAUGAGGAACCACAUACACGCUGGAAGAAAUUCUCAUUUCCGGGAUGGGGUCCACAAGUGACCACGGUGCAGGAGGUACUAAUGGGCAGAUAUGCAAAGCAUGUCGGGCCGUUGUGUGAAAAUGCGCGCUAUGCCCCAGAGAGACUCUCCUCGCGCUCCUUCGCCUGAAGAUUCAAUCACCAGCUUUGCUUUUACCACAUAAGGCGGCACGAGCGACUCCCACAGCAGGCGGGACCAGGGAGAAGUUCCGAGGGGCUGUGAUUACUCGUGAUUGGUUGCUCUGUGCUGUGACUGACAGGUCCCCCCUCUCCGGCUCUCCUCUAAGCUCCGCUUGUUGACACUCUGCAAAAGUCCGCACGGCUCUCACGGAUAACGGAGACAUUAUUACAGCUGGACCCGGCUCCCUCUGUCCGGCUCGAGGACGGACAAAGCCUCGCGCCGAAAGCACUGGACUGUCACCGUGGAUUCCCAUUUACUAGCAACAGUUUGUAUCCUUAAGUUUUCUUGGUGCCUACACGCUCGUGACGCCGUCUCCUUCUUCUCCUUCCUCCGUCCCGAGACCGAGUGAAAUGGCAGAGAAGCGGCGGUCCCCGUGCGCGCUGAGUGUCAAGGCGCAUGCAUUCUCUGUAGAGGCGCUGAUCGGAGCGGAAAAGAGACGCAGAACGACCGGAGAGGAUGCUGUGUCCCCCAGCUACGAAGACGGAACUGACGUCUCUGAUCUGACCGCGAGCCCGGGACCGAGGGCCGACAGAGCGUGCGCCAGCGACCGGGGCAGCGAGGCAGAAUGUGCAAGUGAUGGAUCCCCAGAGAGCGAGGACGCGCUGCUAGAGAGCCCGCAGCCCGCAGCUGUGUGCACAACGUCGGUAACCGGCACCGGAGAGGAGACACGCGUGGACCUGCAGGGAUCAGACCUGUGGAAACGGUUCCACGAGAUUGGCACGGAAAUGAUCAUUACUAAGGCUGGACGGCGGAUGUUCCCCGCUAUGCGUGUCAAGAUUACGGGCCUGGACCCACAUCAGCAGUAUUACAUUGCCAUGGAUAUAAUCCCCGUGGACAACAAACGAUACAGGUACGUGUACCACAGCUCCAAGUGGAUGGUGGCGGGGAACGCGGACUCUCCCGUGCCGCCCAGAGUGUACAUCCACCCGGACUCCCCGGCCUCGGGAGAGACGUGGAUGCGUCAGGUGGUCAGCUUCGACAAACUGAAACUGACCAACAACGAACUGGACGACCAGGGACAUAUCAUUCUGCACUCCAUGCACAAGUACCAGCCACGGGUUCACGUAAUCCGUAAGGAGUGUGGAGAGGAGUUAUCCCCAGUGAGAGCAGUCCCCACGGGGGAAGGCACCCGCACCUUCUCCUUCCCUGAGACUGUGUUCACCACCGUCACGGCGUAUCAGAAUCAACAGAUUACAAGGCUGAAAAUUGACAGAAACCCAUUUGCCAAAGGCUUCAGAGAUUCUGGCAGAAACCGGAUGGGUCUGGAGGCUUUGGUUGAGUCUUACGCAUUCUGGCGUCCAUCUCUGCGAACACUCACAUUUGAGGACAUCCCUGGCAUGGCUAAGCAAGGGGUCCCAGGAGCUCAUGGCGGGGUCGGAGCAUCAUCUCACCUGCUCUCCACGUCACCAUGCUCCUCACCUUUCCAGGUUUGCACUCUCAGUCCACCUGAUUACAGCUGCAGCAGACCUACACACCCUCUCCAUCGUUAUAGCAACCCCCCGGAGCCGUUUCCCCCUCCCAGAGGUCCAACGGUGUAUGAAAGUGAAGGACUCUGCUCCCUGCCUCUCCCUGGAUCUCAACUAGGCUAUUUAUCCAGCCCCACCCCACAGGGUUACGCUGGGCUUCGCCUCCAUACACCACCCUACAGCCUGUACGGUUACACAUUCCCUCCCUCACCACGCCUCGCUGCCAGCCCUGAUAAGAUGGCCGCCGCUGCCACUGCCAAUCAUCAGAGCCCUUUCCUUGGCUCAUCUCCCAGUGGGACUCUAACGGACAGUCUGGGUGUGCUCAGUGGAGGACAGCAGGGCUUCCUGUUUGACUCUCGGACUUUAGGACUGUCAGGUAGCCAGCCAGGAGGUGGGGCCUCACAGGUUACUGCCCACAUGGGCUGAAUUUGACUCCGGACAUCUAGGGUUGUCACGAAAACAAAAUGACACCUUGGAAUGGGUGUAAGUUGCUUUUGGUUCAGGAUGUUUUACGAAUUAAUCAUCCACGUGCUGUACAAGCAUCAGGCUGAAUUGUGGACAAACAGAGAGGAGUGGCAGAUCAAGCCAUUGCUUCUGUGAGCAUAAAUCUGAAGCAAUAAUCUGAAGGGAAUAUUUUUUUUAAGUUCUUACCUUUCAUCUAUGUUCUCUAGGACAUGCAUGUGCAGCUGCAGUGGUCACUUAAGGGAGAAACUUCCUGCAGCUUUGGAUAAGGAGUCCAAACAAUGUAACAUGGUGAUUGAACUGGAACUGAAUUUGGAUUGGGCAGAGACUGGGCUGGCCCAGACACUCAAAGCAAGCACUUCAAUUUUGGCAGGAGGCCCUCAAGCAGUAACUAUUAUACUCACACAGCAUUCUACACUGCCUCCUUGACCUUCCUACUUUGAAAGGAGUCACUGAACACUACUUUUAAACUUGUUUUUAUGGGAUAGUUUGUACUAAAUUCCCUUUGUCAAUUAAACUUUCUGUCAUCACAUGCCUGGUGGUGUUCUCAAUCAAGUCUUUGGAAUAACAAACAUGUAGCUGAAGUCCAUAUAGUAAUAUGCACUAUAGCCAGGGCCUUUUCGCCACUCAAGACUUAAACUCCAUAUAACACUAGAAACCUGCCACAUAUCCACAUAAUGACAUCAUGGCCAUGAUGAGAGCUGUGGGAGACAUCCCACUGACAGCUAUGGACUGACGAGGCUAAAGCUGUGGAGAGUGAUGGAUGACGGACUGAUCUACAUAUUCUAUGUCUGGUUUGACAGACGUUUACUUGAUGCAGCUGUUUGGAUGUCAGGCUGAAGUACAUCUUUUCUUGUGUGACACAGACAUAACUGCUCAUGAUGAAUCUGUAUAUAGUGGGGUGGGGGUGGGCUUGGGAAUGUGUAUAUAAAGGGAAGUGCGACCCUUCGCACUUAAAACCCCAAUGCACCUGCUUCUGCUCUUUAGACUGGGUCAGGUACGCGACAGCCGACCCUGAACUCGACUGAGAAGCUUUCCUUUGCAAAUACGCGCUAUAUCAGCAAGCCCUCUGGCCGAGGACAAUAACAUGUUCUGUGACCUUUGUGAGCCGAAUAAAAUAUAUCUGUUCAUGAUA